CCAGAAACUACCUAGCUUAAUUUGGCUUCCCCACGUCGCCGGCUGGCAACAGGAGAAGAUUCAUGCAAGGCAGGGCCGACCUCCCGAAGGCCUGAGCGGCUUCUUGCUGAUGAAUAGUUGUGCGGGACAACCACAGGAACGCCAUCGCCGAUAUCUUGUUUGACUCCACUUCACCAUGACGCAGUACAGCCUCGACAGCAUCAGUGCCCUGAGGCGCUUAGGCGACAAUCGCUUCCAGUCGAUCAAUCUGCCCUUUUGGAUGGCAAACUCAUCUAGCAAAAUGGCGUACGGAGGCUGCGCAAUGGUUCUUUCGAUCAAUGCCGCCGCUCAGACAGUGUCCGCCGGCCAGGACAAGCACAUCUACAGCGUCUUGGGCACCUUUCUCGGCCCCACAAGGACAGACAUGCCAAUCGAGCUACACGUCCAAGAGGUGCGGGAGACACGGACAUUUUCGACGAGGUUCGUCGUGGCCAGCCAGCAAGGGCGGUCCUGCCUCUCGGUCACCGUCGACUUUAUCCAAGCACCUUCGCCUUCGGCCACGGCACUGCUGCCAGACUUCUCCCUCGAGGCGCCCCAGCUAACCCACUAUUCCAAGACGCAGCCUGAGCGCGAAAGGAUCUCGGGCUUGAUUCAGCAAGGUCGUCUUCCAAAGGGCUUCGACAAGGUCCACUUCAAGACAUUCGCACCGAUGGACGGCGUCGCUCCCGACACCCGCACGGUGCCCGAGAGUGUUUUGGCGCAGACCUUGUCCGGCUAUAUCACCGACGUAAAGACGACGCAGGACGACUUGAAGCUCGUGGACCGCCGGUCCUACUGGUGGCAGCGCACGCCCUCUAACCUCUCCUUGGGCGCCCACGGCGAGGUCCUGUACGCACCGACAAUGUCGACAGCGACGGCGAUGCUCUACUGCUUCGUUCUGGACGGCGCCUCGAGCUUCGUCGCGCCCGUGCACUCGCGCGUGAGGCUAGACACCAUCUCGGCGGCAUCGAGCCUCGACUUUGCCUACCGGAUCCACGGUGCACCUAUAGAGCCGGGCAAGUGGUACGCCAAGGAGAUCGCCGUCCAGGUGGGCGCGUGCGAGAGGACCUACAUUGAGGCAAGGCUGUGGGAGGAAGACACAGGCCGGCUCGCUGCGACGCUCACUGAAGCGACGAUCCUCCGAGCAAAGCAGCCAGCUAGACUAUGACAGUUCUGGUACAACCCUCUCUCAGCUCCGCUUUCGCCCUUACUUACAAGGCUGCUCACUUAGAGUAUGGGUCAGGAUCCUCCUGUGCUCUGCCCGCUCUCAUGGAAUGUUCACACCUAGAGCCGCGAACAGUGCAAAAGGUCUACAGUUGAUAGUCUGAAAGCUGAGAGGGAUGUCGACUUCUCUGGAAUACAAUACAUGAUAAGGUGACGAG